GCUCUCGAUACCCACCGGCCUUCCCGUCAACAUCUAAUUUCUCAGGGAAGAGAACCGAAAGACGUGGACUUUCCGGUGAGCGGCAACCGCCCUCUAUUGUUAAAGUCAUAAACCCCCCAACGAUCAACCGUCGGGAGAUCCAAUCCCUUAACAAGACCACCUCUUUUCCAUGCCACAUCCGCCAUCAGCUUAAAUAACACCUAUCGAUUGUAAAGAUAGGGUCUUUUCUUGAUGGCGAUUCUUUAUGCGGUGGUGGCUCGGGGCACGGUGGUGCUGGCAGAGUUCAGUGCCGUCACGGGAAACGCGGGCGCUGUGGCUCGUCGGAUCCUUGAGAAGUUGCCUAACCAAGCCGAUUCCAGGCUCUGCCUUUCUCAAGAUCGCUACGUCUUUCACGUACUCAGGUCCGAUGGCCUCACCUUCCUGUGUAUGGCCAACGAUACUUUUGGAAGGAGAAUUCCUUUUUCAUACUUGGAGGAUAUCCACAUGAGGUUCAUGAAAAACUACGGGAGAGUAGCCCCCUAUGCUCCAGCAUAUGCAAUGAAUGAUGAAUUCUCAAGGGUGUUACAUCAACAAAUGGAAUUUUUCUCCAGUAAUCCUAGUGCAGAUACUCUCAAUCGUGUUAGAGGUGAAGUGGGUGAGAUACGUUCGAUAAUGGUGGAGAAUAUUGAGAAAGUACUAGAGAGAGGUGACAGAAUUGAGCUUCUUGUUGACAAAACUGCAACAAUGCAAGACAGUGCCUUUCACUUCAGGAAACAAUCUAAAACCCUUCGUCGAGCUAUUUGGAUGAAAAAUGCCAAACUCCUGGCACUCUUGACAUGCGUAAUCCUUGUGUUGCUGUACAUAAUAGUUGCCGCUUGCUGUGGAGGCAUCACUCUACCCUCAUGCAGAUCUUGAUUGGCAAUCCUCAUGCUUUCAAUUCAUGUUGAAGUAUGCAUUACCGCUGCCUCUGAGAUCAAAUGUGAAAAUUUGUCAUAUUUUGCGGCAUAUCUUAAGAUACAGUAUCUUUACAGGUUCAAGUAGGCUUCAUGUAUAUUCUGUUCCUAUUAUUGGAACGUUGUCUGGAUUUUCACUAGCGAAAAAUUGAGUUGGCCAUCACAUUGUUGCGGAUUAUCUCUCUACCUUGUAAAUGUAUGAACUUUAGAACCAGUCAUUUAUUUUCUCAACUUGAGACCUGCUUGUAAUUUCAAAAUACUCUGUAAACAUCUGGUUUAUUCAUUCCAGAUCUUUGUUCCAGCCUUCCAGGGAGCAUUCUGGUUUCUGAAUCAGCUUGUUCAUGGUACCUUAAGUUCUUGAAUUUAUCCAACAUUUUCAAUUAAAUUUUUAACUUUUUA